CCUUAAACCCCACCCAGCACUGUCAAAUUGACGUAUGGUUUUCAGAGAUGAUAUGUCGGCUAAAGAGGAAAAUACGACCAUUUCAAUGUGUAAUUGUGCCGGCUUGGAGGAUAUAAGGGAUCUAAGUGUUGUCUAGGCACACUGCACCCUCCUCAUAGUGACAUAGGGCGCAGUUGUGACCGAGGACUAUUCGCACAGCCGAAUCGGCAGGGUAUAUUCGACGCCUAGUGUUCACCCAAAACAGGCAAAAUUUCGUCCCUACUUUUCACGAUGGGGUGUUGCAGUGGACCGGGCGGCCCGAGUGACGAGGACGAAAAAAUUAAAAAAGAGGCCAAUAAGAGGAUAGAAAAACAACUACAGAAGGAUAAACAACUAUACAGAGCCACACACAGGCUCUUGUUAUUAGGUGCCGGAGAAUCAGGGAAAUCGACAAUUGUCAAACAGAUGAGAAUUCUUCACGUGAAUGGGUUUGGGCAAGAAGAACGGAAACAGAAGAUCGAAGACAUUAAAAAGAACAUUAGGGAUGCAAUACUGACUGUCACGGGAGCCAUGAGUACUUUAAACCCCCCAGUCCUACUGGAGAAACCUGAAAACCAGAGCAGGGUUGAUUACAUGCAGGAGCGGGCCAGUCAAACUGACUUUGAAUAUCCACCGGAGUUCUACGAGCACACAGAGAUCCUCUGGAAGGACAAGGGAGUGCAGUCCUGUUAUGAAAGGUCUAAUGAAUACCAGCUCAUCGACUGCGCUCAGUAUUUUUUAGACCGUGUACAUAUAGUAAAGCAAUCCGAUUACACACCAACUGAACAGGAUAUAUUACGAUGUCGAGUUUUAACAUCAGGAAUCUUUGAAACCAAAUUUAUAGUUGAUAAAGUGAAUUUUCAUAUGUUCGAUGUGGGUGGCCAGAGGGAUGAGAGGCGGAAGUGGAUCCAGUGUUUUAAUGAUGUGACGGCCAUCAUCUUUGUCACAGCAUGUAGUAGCUAUAACCUUGUCCUUCGGGAAGACCCCAGCCAAAAUCGACUCAAAGAAUCCCUCGCACUUUUCCUUAGUAUUUGGAACAACAGAUGGCUACGAACUAUCUCCGUAAUUCUAUUUUUAAACAAGCAAGAUCUACUAGCAGAGAAGGUCAAAGCAGGGAAGUCUAAAAUAGAAGAAUAUUUUCCUGACUAUAGGCGCUACCAAAUACCUUCAGAUAUUGUUGUAGGGCCUGAUGAUGAUCCGGAGGUGUUCAGGGCAAAGUACUUCAUCAGAGAUGAAUUUUUGAAAAUCAGCACGGCAAGUGGAGACCGUCGCCACUACUGUUACCCUCAUUUUACGUGUGCUGUAGAUACAGAAAACAUUCGACGGGUCUUCAACGAUUGUCGGGACAUCAUCCAAAGGAUGCAUCUGCGUCAAUACGAAUUACUGUGAUGUUUGGACACUUCCCUGGAACCCUGGGGGUCGGGGUCAUGUGACAAAAGCGUGAUGCAUUAGUUGGCUUAAAAAACAUAACUGUGUGAACAAGAAGACUCGCAGGAGCGCAUUACACGCAUAUACAACUGUGCACGCAUCAUGGCGUUAUGGCAGCCAGUUAGCUGGCAGGUUUAUGUAUGUGUCUGCCCGCCUGACUGCCUGUCUGCCUGCGUGCAAGCCUGGCAAAGCAAGUGCUUUGGGGUGUUUGGUGCAGGAAUUGGGCCAAGCAUCUUCUUGACAGAGAUCACUAGACUUAUAGGGAAGAUCCUUUCUUGACAACAAGGCAUGGAACAGUGUCUCUAAUACAGAGGAUAUAUGAGUGUGUGCUGGAGUGCGCAUGUGUAAAUGUGGCAUGGAUGUGCAUGUUGUGUAAGCUAAGGCGUGAGCAAGAUUUGGAAUGGACAUGUUCUUUGUGAGUGAAAGAGGAAAACAUUUUUGAAUACAGAGUAAAAUGUGUGCAUUUCACUAUUAAGCAGAGAAUGCUCUGCAUUUUAGAUUUCAAAUGCAAAACUGUAACGUCCCAAGGAUAAGAUGAUAAUUUGGAUUUUCUAUGGUGUACCAUUAUUUCUAUCCCAGUUUGUAACACAGCAUUUUGACAGGAUGUGGGAUAGUGUUGCAAAUGUCUUUGGUAACCAAAUCAUGUGAAUUAUGAUGUCCUCCGACUAGUAUAACACACAUUUCAUACUCAAAACUUUUCUCGGAACCACAAUGCUGCGUCUGAGGUUGGUCUCCCGUGUACAUCACCAGAUUUAUAGGCCAUCUGACAUGUGUCUCAAACCACCUAUUGUUGCAGUCUCCUUUUGUCUGUCGUCUUGCCUUGUCAUCAGUAAACAAAAAAUCUGUGAAUUUUAUCACCCGGACUUAUUCUUCUCCUCUAUAGAGAGGUGCAGUUUACUACUUUAAUUCAUAUAUAAUAUACAUAUAUAGGGUAUAUUUGAUUCAUUUUCAGUUGGAAAUAAUUCCAAUUACAUGUUUUGGAUUAAGAUUCCAUGUUUGGAACAUUUUCAGUCUGAUCCACCCCAGGGGCUGAGGCACAGUGUUCAAGGUCCACUUAGCUUUUUCAAGAAUCAUAUGCAGAUAUGCUAGAACCAAAUACACCAUAUAUGUAAGGUGUUUCAUCGAAACUUGACAUUAAAAAAAUCACCACCAGCAUUGCUGAGCCCCCAAAUGCAUAACAUACACUGUACAAUGGGAGACAAUCUGUGAACUAUCAAUACAAAUUUACGAAAUUUCAACAAAAGUUUUUAAAAUGUAUUCCAACUGAAUAAGGUCCUGAAUUUUCGAAGCAAAAUCUGUAUGAGCUAUAUGGGGCAAGUGCCUAUUCCUGAUCUAGAUUUAACAAAAUGGCCAAGGUUGUGUGUUUUGACGUCGGAUUUCAUUCAGAUUUGAUAUGAAAGUGUAUUUUGACACUAAUGUGACAUGAAUUUCCUGAUAGAAUCAUACAGCUGCCAUUUCUUUGUUCUUGAUACAUGGAGAUAUGCAAUUUGUCAAGUUUUGUUCCAAAUUUGUAUAUAGGCAUUUCAUCACAUUAAAAUCACUACUGCAACUUUCGUUUCCUGAUUGAACAAAAGGUUGUCGUUUCCUGUCCGUGAUUGGACAAAUUUGCUGUCAAGUUCCAAUUUAAUUCUCUGUAUGUGGAUUAUUUACUGUAACACUGCAGGCGCUAAUGGAUCUUAUGUUUCUUGAUGGAACAAAUUUUUUUACCAUUGUGUGGCUUCUGAUUGGACGAAUAUUCCAAUUUUGUACUAGAGUUCUUGCUAUGUUUUCAUGAUUAUAUCCAUGCAAAUCACCACCACAACAACAACAAGUACUGCUAUACCAGAACUCAGGUGACUGUUAAGGCCAAUGGGCCUCUUGUUAUAAGUUUUUAGGGAUAGACGUAUUAUCCUGUUAGCCUGAUGCACAGGGUUUGGGAUUCAUUUGGCACAAAAUUAUUUUACUAAAACGAUGAUUUUGGUCAGUAGAUAUUUUUAUGAUAAAUGCCUGUGAUAUUGAUUGUGAAACAUUUUGGAACAGGUCUUCCUCUCCUGGGCAGUGUGUGUGCAACAGGUUCAACUUUUUACACCACUGCAUUUUUAUGGUGAUUUUAUUUAUUACAAAACAGAAUUUUUGUGCUGACAUUUUGAUAAUUUGAUGAUAGUGUGUGUUGUAGGCACAUCAUGAUGUAAAGCACAGCUGUAUAAGUAAAAAAUCAUACCAAGGAAAACAUCAGCAAUUUGAUCAAAUUUCCCAUACAGGUCUUGCUAAUAUCAUGUUCUAAUUUGAAUGAAGGUUACAAUUCACAUGCGCUAUGAUGAGUCCCCAUCAAAUAAUGGAUGAUUUCAGAAGACUGGCUUCCUCCCCUGACAUCACUGUAGCUUGUUAUUGUGUUAUUCAUGUAUGCAUGUCAACCAUUAGCAUAUUUACUCCAAAUCUUAGUGGAAUCUCUCAAUACAGAUAUAAAAUUUGUGAGGAGAAUUCUCACCAGCAAAAUGUUAGAUGCUGUCUGUCUGACCUUUGACCUCUUUUUCGUAUGUUUGACUGCUGAUUUAUUACAUUUUACUCGGGUCUAAUGUGAUAAAAGCCAGGCUACAUUUCCAAUGAUAUCAUGAGUCGCCACCAAACUCCUGAAGUGGCUGCUAGAUAGAAACUGGACUGGGAUAGUUGUGAGAAUUGGGAUAUUGUAAACCAUAGUUAUACUUACUCCAAUAAAACAAAAGGAAAAUGUAGGUUUACAUGGAGACCCUUAAAAGGAGAUUGAGGCCUGGUGUUCGGGAAAAACCGUUUCUUCAUCGCGGACAACAAUACAAAUCUUCAUUUCAUGCAUUGUCACAUUCUCAAUGAGAAUCAGUUUAACAUAUUGCUGAACAUCAAACAUUACUUCAUUUCACACUAGCGAAUCAAAUAAUUCCUGAUGUGGUCCUGAUGUUGACUAUAAAAUUCCCCCACAAUCUCCACCAACCUGCUGAUUUCAAAGUCCUGUGAUUUAAGAUGUUUCAUCAACAGUUGACUUCUGUCACAGAAUUCUUGAAUUAGCUCUCACAGAUUGGCUAUGCCACUCCCCAGUUCUCACAUGAAUAUGUAGCUAUGCCACUACCCAGCUCUCAGAUAUAGUUAUGCCACUUCCCAGUUCUCAUGAAGAUAUAGUUAUGCCACUACCCAGUUCUCAUGAAGAUAUAACUAUGCCACUACCCAGCUCUCACAUGAAGAUAUAGCUAUGCCACUACCCAGCUCUCAUGAAGAUAUAACUAUGCCACUACCCAGCUCUCACAUGAAGAUAUAGCUAUGCCACUACCCAGCUCUCAUGAAGAUAUAACUAUGCCACUACCCAGCUCUCAUGAAGAUAUAACUAUACCACUACCCAGCUCUCAUGAAGAUAUAACUAUGCCACUACCUAGUUCUCAUGAAGAUAUAACUAUGCCACUACCUAGUUCUCAUGAAGAUAUAACUAUGCCACUACCUAGUUCUCAUGAAGAUAUAACUAUGCCACUACCCAGCUCUCACAUGAAGAUAUAACUAUGCCACUACCCUGCUCUCACAGAUAUAGCUAUGCCAGUACCCAGCUAUCACAAAUGUGGCUGUGCCACUACCCAGCUCUCAUGAAGAUAUAAAUAUACCACUACCCAGCUCUCAUGAAGAUAUAAAUAUACCACUACCCAGCUCUCAUGAAGAUAUAAAUAUACCACUACCCAGCUCUCAUGAAGAUAUAACUAUACCACUACCCAGCUCUCAUGAAGAUAUAACUAUACCACUACCCAGUUCUCAUGAAGAUAUAGCUAUGCCACUACCCAGUUCUCAUGAAGAUAUAACUAUACCACUACCCAGCUCUCAUGAAGAUAUAACUAUACCACUACCCAGUUCUCAUGAAGAUAUAACUAUGCCACUACCCAGCUCUCAUGAAGAUAUAGCUAUGCCACUACCCAGCUCUCACAGAUAUAGCUAUGCCACUACCCAGCUCUCACAGAUAUAGCUAUGCCACUACCCAGCUCUCACAGAUAUAGCUAUACCACUACCCAGCUCUCACAGAUAUAGCUAUGCCACUACCCAGUUCUCAUGAAGAUAUAGCUAUGCCACUACCCAGCUCUCACAGAUAUAACUAUGCCACUACCCAGCUCUCAUGAAGAUAUAACUAUGCCACUACCCAGCUCUCAUGAAGAUAUAGCUAUGCCACUACCCAGCUCUCACAGUUAUAGCCUCAGUACGCCACUUCAUAUCUGUCACUGCUGGAUAAGGGUAAGCCCUCAGGUAUGCAUGCUCAUUCGUCAAACAUUCAUUAUAUGCCUAAGAUUGAUUAUGACAUAUAUAUAUAUUAUAUAAAUGUAAGGCAAAAUUGGGCGAUUUCAUUCGAACUGUCAACUUUUAUCUGCUGAAGAUUUUUAACCGAUAGUUUUUACCAAGAGCAAGAUCUUUAACUCUACAAUGACACGGAAGAUAUAUUAUCACACACGAUUACUUAUGAAUGUAAUCCGUCUGAAUUUCUGUGUACCGAAUAGACAUAAAUGUUCACGAUUGCAUCUAAUAAAAGAAAAAAUUCCUCAUUUGUGAAGUUUAGAUGCUUCUUGGGAAGUGCUUUGUGUAGAUUAUUUUGAUGUGAUAUCUUGGUUGCGGUGUAGAAUUUGGGAUCUCCACUCAUGAUAAAAAUUAUCUUUGUUGAAAAAUCUAACCCGAUGCAAAUUGGAAUGAAAUCACUGAACUUUGUACACUGGUGAAGUUCCUAGUUACCUUUCCACAUAUAUAGUGCCCAAAUUGAUUCUUGACUCAUGAGCAUGCUAAACGCCUUAAGUACUGCCAGAUUUAGCGGUGGCGGGAACAAAAAUGAAUGAUUCUGAUUGGAAGUGACAAAACUACUGGUGAUACAUCUUUAUAGUCAAGAUGUUGGCUCAUAUGUAUGUAAACAUACAGAAAGGGACAAAGGUCAGACAUUCUACUGUAAAUUACUUCAUUUUCACAAAUAUUUAUUUUUGCAACAAGAUUCCCUUAGACUUACUUGUAAGAAUUUUGAUUGAUGAAAGGAAUACGAUAUAUUAUGUCCUUUGAUUAUAAGCUUAAAAGUGUGAUGAAACAUUAGCUUGGAUUUCACCUGUUGCAUUCACUUGAAAAUAUAUCUCACUAAAAUUG